AUGCGAGAUGAAGUCCCAGGGUGGAUCGCAAGUUCUCUUAAACAGGCUGAAGAAUCUCUGAACGGGCGAUUACGUAUUAACGACGAAACCGUAAUUGUAAUGAGAGAUGGGGAAAAAGAAAGCAUGGCUAUGCUAUGCGCAGCAAUGGCGAAAGGAAUCAGUUUAACAUUAGAUUUAACCUGGACGGGAUGGCACCAAGCUCACGUGAUGUCCGACCAGGCUGGUGUACCAUAUUACAGGGCUGAUAUAUCAUUACAGCCCUUUGUAAGAGUUCUUGACGAUUAUCUAAUGGAAAGAUCAGGGAGUGACGCUGCUCUAAUAUUUCAAGAUGAAAGCGAAUUAAAUCAAGGAUUGUAUUAUUUGGUGUCGACAUCUGUUCUACGAGUUAUAGUUCUAGACAAUUUAGACAAAGAUUCAAUUAGAAGUUUAUUGAAUAUAAGGCCAACCCCAUCGUAUUAUGCGAUAUUUGCUACUACGCCUAAUAUGAUUAAAUUAUUUAAAACGGCCGUUGUAAGUGAUGUAGCGAAUAGACUGGAUCGGUGGAAUCUCGUUUUUAUGGAUUUUAAAUCAUCACAAUUUGAUUAUAAAGAUUUCUAUAACAUCAGUUUAAUUACAUUACAAAACCAAAUAUGCUGCAAAUUACUUCAUAUUGAAGGUGAUUGUACUUGUCCAGAAGAUUUUAAGAUCCAGCGCGCCUUUCUCGGUCUUCUGUUUUCGGUACUAGCCCGAAGUAUUUCAAUGCUUCCAAAUGGUGGAAGUGAACUUACAACCGUAAUAACGUGCGACAAUGUAGAAACAGGAGAUGAUUUUAAAAAUAGCACCAGAUAUGAAUUACUAGGAAAAGUAACAAGUGAAGUAAAUGACGACAUUGGCCUUGUCAUGUACGGAGACCAAUUUACUAUUACUUAUGAAAUGAUGUGGGAUGUCAGUGUUGUCAACGAGACAGACGAUCUUGAUCCAAUUGCCAAUUGGACGCUGACUUAUAAUUUGAAUAUGCUGCCGGAUAAACAGCUUAUUUCGACUAAGAGAUUUUUUCGAAUAGGAACAGCCCAGGCUAUCCCGUGGGCCUACAGAGUGACCAAUCCAGAGACUGGUGCAAUAGUGAAAAAUCCUGAUGGCACCGAUAAAUGGGAAGGAUAUUGCAUCGAUCUUAUUGAAAAACUAUCGGUUGACAUGAAUUUUGAUUAUGAAUUAGUUGUUCCGAAAGAUAAUUCAUUUGGUGUUCGUGCCCGGGAUGGGACUUGGGACGGUUUGGUGGGAGAUUUGGCUUCUGGGGAAACUGAUAUGGUAGUAGCUUCUCUUACGAUGACUUCCGAGCGCGAAGAGGUAAUAGAUUUCGUGGCGCCCUACUUUGAGCAAUCAGGAAUAUUGAUCGUGAUGAGAAAACCUGUGCGACAAACUUCGCUUUUCAAGUUCAUGACUGUGCUAAGAUUAGAAGUGUGGCUAAGUAUUGUGGGCGCUCUCGUGUUUACUGCUAUUAUGAUAUGGUUCCUGGACAAAUAUUCACCAUAUAGUGCCAGAAAUAAUAAACAAGCGUAUCCUUAUCCGUGCAGGGAUUUCACAUUAAAAGAAAGUUUUUGGUUUGCACUGACGUCGUUUACACCGCAAGGAGGAGGUGAAGCACCAAAAUCUCUUUCGGCACGAACAUUGGUUGCUGCUUAUUGGUUAUUUGUAGUACUUAUGUUGGCUACUUUUACCGCAAAUUUGGCUGCCUUUUUAACGGUCGAGAGAAUGCAGGCGCCCGUUCAGUCAUUGGAACAACUGGCCAGACAAUCCAGGAUUAAUUACACCGUCGUUGCGAAUUCAGACACACAUCGCUAUUUCAUCAACAUGAAGUUCGCAGAGGACACAUUGUACCGGGUUUGGAAAGAAAUUACUCUAAACAGCACCAGUGACCAAACCCAGUAUCGCGUUUGGGAUUAUCCAAUCAAGGAACAAUAUGGCCACAUUUUGAUGGCCAUCAAUUCAUCGAUGCCCGUGGAAAACGCUACCGUCGGCUUCUUAAAAGUCAAUCAACAUGAAGACGCCGACUUCGCUUUCAUUCACGACUCGGCGGAAAUCAAGUGA